AUGGCACGUUUAUCACUGACUAGCUCUGCUCGAGGUAUUGGCAUAAGGAGCCGUGUGCUAUUUGAAUUCAAACUCUGUAUAUGUACUGAAGACCCACAGGAAGAUGGGCCCAAAGGCGACCUUCUUAUUGAAGGACGUACUGAAUUCAGCACCAUGUACACAACAGAAUCAUCCAUUCAAAAUCGGCGUCUUUAUGGGGACAAGUUUUCACUAGAUGUCAAGUUUGCGGCGCUGAUUAAUGCAGUCCAGGCAUUCGUUGAUGUUGAGAUACUCCGUGCUCCUGAUUGUGGCCUUAAUCUGAAUCUCUAUGCCAAGACCAGUGGUUACGAAGAUGUGAUUCCUCUCUACCAGGGAGUUGCAGAAGCUGGCUGCAAAAUAAGUUCAGUUGUAGCCGUGGUGAUACGGAGUUGCGUGUAUCUUCGUAUCGAAGGGACCCCCAAAGAUGACGGACUUUCUCAGAAGCGGCUGCCCUGUGGUGCGUGGGAAGACAGCUUCGACACUUGCUAUCAUGGAAUAGUAGAUAAAGUGGUGAAUCUUGACGAAUUUACCAUGAUUUCGGUGAAGAUCACCUGGAGAACCUUGGAUUGA